UUCUUUAUUGAGUCCAGUUUUUCACUCCUAAGAGCGGGGGAUGCAAUAUUGUUUAACUGACGUAUUACGAUAUGUUCUAUAGUGCAUGCGGCAACCUGCAGAUAUCUGAGGUGAUUUGUUUGUGCGGAGGUGGGCUGUAGCCUAAUACAUAAGUACGUUGUUUAACUGACAAGCAGUUAUUGUUGUAAAGUUUUCUAUGACCUGCAUUAAUUAUUUAUGUGUUAGGGAUAAAUACAUAAUGAAGCACGUUUGUGCGUAAAAAAAAACAUGAAUUGUUGUAAGACAUGAAAAGAGUGAGAGGCGUGGUGGCUUGCAACAGCGAGAUUUAGUUUUGUUAUCUAGCUAACAAGCCCAUAUGAAUUCCAAUACGACAAAGUGGCCUUCUAUUUGCGACAUCUGAGCGAACAUGACUAAAUUAGAGCUAUUACGCGCUUUUUUGACCGAACGUUUGAUGGUGGCUGUCCAAGAGAUACUGGAGGUGGUAGGAGAUACGGUGUCUGAGUACCAGGACGAAACUGCUCAAACAAAGCGAGAGAAUGAACGUCUGCAGUGGAAGCUCCGUGAAGUUGGACUCGAGCCUGAAAGAAUUUGGCACAGUGCACAGCCUGCUGCUCUUCCUGUCUCUGGAGGAAAGUCUCACUUAGAGCAGCAACUUGGUGAACAGGAGUGGAGCUCCAGUUUAAGACAGAACACAGAUCUCACUCUGACUGAAAAGAAACAGGAGAUCACAGAGGAGCACAGAAUCAGACACAGAGAAGAGGACCCAGUGUGUGGUCGGAUGACAAGUCAGUCAAGUGAUCAUUCUGAAUGUUGUACACUAGAACUGAAUACACAGGCAUAUGAAAGGACAGGAUCAAUAUUGACAGCACCUUGUGUGAAAAGUGAGCUUGGUCAUAACUUGGUGAACUCCAGUCCUUCCCAUCUAUUCAAGAUACAAAUUAACAAGGAAGAAGUGGACUCAUUACCUAAUAUGGCAUCUAGCCAGAUUAAAGCAGAGCCAAAUGGAGUGGAUUACCAUGUGACAGAAAAGCUCACUGAGUCCUUCAGUGAAUUAAAUUCAGACAGUGUGAACAAUGCAAAUGGCAGUGGUGUAGAAGGCUGGUCUGCAUCACAAUCUGAAGCACAGGAGGCCGAAGAAACACAGGAAACAGAUGACGGACAGAGAUCAUACUGCUGUCCUGAAUGUGGGAAGUCUUUCUGUCAUGCCUAUGACCUGAAAUUGCAUGUACAAAUUCACAUGGAAAAACCAUAUUGCUGCACAGAGUGUGGGAAAUGCUUUAACCAUGCGGGACAUUUUAAAGUGCAUCAGAGAAUUCACACAGGAGAGAAACCGUACAGCUGUCCUCAAUGUGGGAAACGUUUUAAACAAAUAGGACAUGUAAAUGCGCACCUUCGAAUUCACACUGGAGAGAAACCUUAUAUUUGCAAUGUUUGUGGGAAGAGGUUCAUUGGAUCAGACACCCUCAAGGUUCACUGUAGAAUCCACACUGGAGAGAGACCGUAUUGCUGUAUUCCUUGUGGGAAGGCUUAUAAUAGAAGAACACACCUCAAUGACCACCUACGUACUCCCUCACAUCUCAAAAAUGUACAAGAUUUGUAAUUUAGAUAAUGUUAUGUGAGAAAUUGUUUGAGCUUAGACAAGCUUAGAGUUCUGUGAUUUAAAUUAUUUUACUAAUCUUCAUUCUGUUGUGUGCACUUAUGUGUUUAUUCUUGGCCUCUUUAGGUCAGCCUGUGUAUAUUUUUUGCAUACUUCUUGACGUUGUUGCCAAAUUAUUUUAAAUGUCACAUACUUGUUGGUCGUCAGUCCAAAUAAAAUAUUUUGCAUUGCCUGAA